CUUCGUUUUUCCAUCAUUUUAACACAUAAAACCGCGUCUCCCCACUCCUUUUCCUUCUUCGGUUCUUCUUCCUGGCUGGUUCAAAUUCAAAAAUCUCUUCCCAAAUUUUUUGUUUAAAAAAAGGGAAAUAUAAAAACACGCACACACACAGUGAACUAUAUGAACCAUCAUUAACAAACAAAGAAUGUGUGCGCCGACUUGUCGUGUGUGAAUUAUUAUAGUUUGUUCCUUCUUUUAAGCCCAUUUGCUGCUUCUCUUUAUCAUCUUCCCCCCUUCUUUUAUUGAACACAUUUUGAAUUCAAACCUUGCAUUCAUUGAUUCAUUCAUUUACUCCUUCAAACCAGAAAAGUAUUAUCUUUUUUGGUUUUAUGGAAAUCGUAGCACCCAUGAACUCCGCACUACUGCUGCUAGUUCUCUCUCUUGUUUUCUCUCAAAGUGGAGCCCAACCGCCGCAGCCGGCGGCGCCGUCACCGUCUUCCGAUGCCUGUAACGGAGUGUAUUUGACUUACACAGUCACAUCAAAUCAGAAGAUCGUGCCUCUGUUGAAAUCCAACCCGGCCCGACAACCGUACCGGUUCGAAUCAAUGCUUUCGGUGAUGAACAACGGGCUGGAAGAGCUCAAGUCCUGGCGGGUUUUCGUUGGUUUUCAGCACGAUGAGCUUUUGGUGUCUGCUUCAAACGCUGUGCUGGCUGAUGGGGGCGCGUUCCCGGUCCCGGUUGGAAAUGGGACUGUUUUUGCCGGGUUUCCGAAUUCGGAUCUAAAGACUGCUGUUGAGACAGCCGCUGAUCUCAACCAGAUGGGUGUUCAGGUUCAAUUGAUCGGAACCCUAUUCGGCGUCGGGCCUCCGAAUGUUCCUAUGCCGAGUAAUAUCUCUCUGGUCAAUGAUGGCUGGGUCUGUCCCAAACCAUCUAUGCAAGGAAAGAAUGUGAUGGAAGUGUGUUGCACACAAGAUCCUAACUUUGUGGCUAAUACAACGUUGGAUGAAGAGUUUUUACCACGUCAAAAUGGUGAUCUAACGAUCAUGUACGAUGUGAUCAGAACAUAUGAGAGUAAUUACUGGGCAGAGGUUACGAUCGCGAAUCAUAACCCCCUUGGGCGUCUGGAUAACUGGAAACUUAGCUGGGAUUGGAUGAGGGAUGAAUUUAUCUAUGCCAUGAAAGGUGCUUAUCCUUCAGCUGUGGGUACGACCGACUGCGUCUUUGGUAAGCAGGGUCAAUAUUACCAGGCCUUGGAUUUUUCAAAUGCAUUGAAUUGUGAGAGAAGGCCAACCAUUGUCGAUUUGCCUCUGGCCAAAACAAACGAUACGAGUGUUGGAAUGAUACCUAAUUGCUGCAGAAAUGGGACAAUUUUGCCCCCUUCGAUGGAUCCGAGCAAGUCGGUUUCAGCUUUUCAGAUUAAUGUUUUCAAGAUGCCGCCGGAUCUUAAUCGCUCCCAGCUCAAUCCUCCAGUGAAUUGGCAGAUUAAUGGUACUCUUAAUCCUGACUAUAAGUGUGGACCUCCUGUUCGUGUAAGUCCCAGCGAAUUUCCUGACCCAAGUGGUAUGCUCCCGAAUACAACAGCUGUUGCAAGUUGGCAAGUGGUUUGUAACAUCACACAACCAAAAGGAGCUAGCCCAAGAUGCUGUGUUUCAUUCUCUGCUUACUACAAUGAGUCCAUCAUUCCAUGCCCCACAUGUGCGUGUGGCUGCCCUUCUAGCACUUCUCGUACUUGCAGUGCCAAUCGAUCUGCACUCCUUUUGCCAUCUCAAGCGCAGCUUAUCCCCUUCGAGAACAGGACACAGCUGGCCACAGCUUGGGCUAGUCUGCAUCAUUUCCCACUACCAAACCCGAUGCCCUGCCCGGAUAACUGUGGCGUUAGCAUCAACUGGCACUUAGUUUCUGAUUACAGAGGAGGAUGGUCUGCCAGGAUUACUCUCUUCAAUUGGGAUGACUUUGCGUUUGCUGACUGGUUCGCGGCUGUGGAAUUGCCCAAAGCUGGUGCUGGAUUUGAAAAGGUCUACUCUUUCAAUGGAAGUACCUUGGGAGGUGUAAACAACAACACUAUUAUUAUGCAGGGAUUGGAAGGCUUGAACUAUCUGGUAGGUGAAGUAGAUGGAGCAAACCCUCAGAAAGAUUACAGGGUUCCUGGGAAGCAACAGUCGGUUAUUUCAUUCACGAAGAAGAACAUCCCUGUAGUUGACAUUCCUGGUGGUGAUGGAUUCCCUACCAAAGUUUACUUCAAUGGAGAGGAAUGUGCCCUUCCCAAAAUACUUCCAAGCAACAACUCCAACAAAUUAGGGUCUUCAGCAUUAAUCUCUCUCAUUCUCGCCUUUGCAGCUUUCAUGCUGAUGAUGCAGCAAUAGCCCUUGAUCUCAAUGGUGCGUGCAAAUGUGAUUACUGUGCUGCUGAUCAUUCGUUUAUUCUUUUAUUCGGGUAAAUCUAACCAGUGAGCGAUCGGGUGAAGAUUUCAUGGGAUACUUGAAGAAUACCGUUUUGCUGUUAAAUAGGAUUAGGUUGUAAUCUUUUUUGUUUAAAAGGUUAAAACUUUUUGUGCAGAAACAGUAGUAUAUUCCCACCUUUUUUUUUGGUAGAUUUCUUUUUAAUUGACUGAGAAUUCUGAAUUUCGAACCUGGGAAUGUUUUGAUCGCCGCCCUCUUGUCUCAAAGUUUUUGCAUUAUUGAGGCAAAGCAGAACAUUGAAGAAAGUAAGUAGUACAUUUGGUGUAUAGUGUAUACAUCUACAAGAUUUCCAUUGGGAGCUGAAUCUAAAGUAAUAAGAUGGCAGUGUUAAUAGCGUUAAUAUAUGAUAAAAGGAAUUGUAAAGUUAGUAAACAAAUCAUUAGAGUAGAGUUAUUUAAUUACACCGAAAUGUUUGCAAAACAUGGGGUAAUUUUCUUUGGACAUUAAAAAAAGGUUUUUAUGCUCGAAAGUUACUGUAAAAAACAUUUUGUUGCAUAAAAAUUCUGGAAAUGAUCUCUGUUUGCACCAAAUAUGAUGCAAGGCACGACCAGAGACUUCCAUUGUAACCAACCAGUGGUUAAAACACAUUACAAAUCAGCAUUUCCAUAAAAAGAGUUCAAGAAGCAGAGCUAUACGGACGAGUUCAGUCAAUGGCUUAUACUCCCCUCCCUCACAAAACUCAAAAUUCAAAGUGGAUUAUUUUUUGAGAACGGAGGUAUAGUAUCAAAUUAACUUGGAAAUGUAAUUAUCAAUAUACUUUUGUUACUGAAAUUCUGCCUCUCGUUUUGCAAAAAUGUCUGCCACCGCCGAUUCCAACAACAACUCCUCACCGCCGUCUUCCCCUACCCCUUCAACUCCUCGCCCUCCCAACCCAGAUAGCCCCUGUUUCCUUUGUUUACUUGUAAUCUGUGUCCCCAUUUUCUUCUGUGCUUUAGUGAUUUUAGAAUUCAGUUGUUUGUUUGUUUGGUUCGGUGAGUUUUAUGUCUUUGUUCUGUGG